AUGGGGUUAUCAGCGUCAAAACGAGUGAACAACAGUUUACAGAACUCGACUCAAUUUGACUCAGCCUGCAACUCAGUCUUCUUGCAAUCUCUUUCUCUAACACAGCACGCUUUCGAAGGAGUCUUACCUUACCAGCUCAAAACCGCUUCCGAUCAAAUCCACACCAUCCUCUCCUACUCUCACUAUCCACUCAUCCACAAAUGGCUCCCAUCCCCUCCCGAUCGCACUCAAGUUGACUCCGCCCUCCGCCAUGUCCUACCGCCCGAUCACCACCAUGAAAAUGUUCUCCGACUCCCACUCUUCAAGGAAUGGGCUCGAUACCUCUACACCGACGCCGUUGUGUCCUCCGCCACCAAAGCGCUUAUCCGUCGAGUUCCCGUCGGUGUUGCCGGAAUCGUUGGAAUCAGUGCCGUCGCUCGCCCUGGUCCUGGUCCGGCACUGCUUGGGACCUUCGUUGGGGCCUACUCCCUCGGUGUUGCUCUCUUUAUUUUUCUAGAUUGUGGGGUCAACCUAGCUUUUUAUUCUUGGAUUAUGUCAUGCCAUUGCUCUUCCUUCUUUCUACAUUCUGAAAAUGAGAAGUUUAAUGGAGGCAGUUCCGCAGAUGAAUUGAACAAUACAUGUCAUGCACUCAUGCUAGACAUUCAUUGUUUAGCUGUUUGCUCUGAGCAGAAACAACAGACUCCUCCUGGUAGAAGAAGCACUUCUGGCACAGACACUGGAAUCCUAUUGAGAUGCUGCGAUUGA